UUCUCUCCUCCAAAAAAACACAUUUUCUCUAAAAGAAAAAAUCUUCUCCUGUCCUCUCUCCUCUCCGACGAUGCUUCUGAUGAGGUCCGCCGCCGCCGCCGCCGCACCCUGCUCCCUCACCUCCAUGCUCCUCCGCCGCUUUACCACCUCCUCCUCCGCUUCCUAUGCUAUCCGCCGUCACGCCGCCGUAGCGCUCUCUUCCCUAUCCUCCUCCUCCUCUGCUAGAUUCACCACCUGGUCGCCUCCCCCUCUUUCCGGCAGCACCCGGACCAGGGGAUUCGCGUCCUGGGCGUCGGCGCCGGGACCGGCGGGACCCACUGAGUCCCCCAUCACGCAGUCUAUGGAGACCAAGAUCAAGGAGCAGCUGGAGGCGGACACUGUCACCGUCAUCGAUGCUUCAGGGGAUGGGCGCCACGUCUGCAUAGACGUUGUUUCGAAGGCAUUUGAGGGAAAAACUGCUGUGAACAGGCAAAGAAUGGUUUACAAGGUUAUAUGGGAAGAGCUUCAAAGCACUGUCCAUGCCGUGGACCAAAUGACCACCAAGACACCAGGCGAGGCAGCCGGCAACAAGUAAUCGACAAAAUCCAUAUGGCAUAAAUCGAAUUUGGAAUGCUUUUAAACUGUUGUACACCAAGACUAGGUCAUGGGCAGGAUCAAGAUGAAGACUUCUUGUUUCUACGAUACAUUUUUUAUGUACACAGCAACUGAUGGUUCAGUAAUUUGGGGCAUAAUUGGCAUUACUUCCAAAAGAAAUUUAACUUUUGGAUAUGAAUACCAUUUUUUUUAUAUGAUGAAGGAAUGCUUGUCCAGAUGUGUUCAGGAUUAGAAUUUUGGAUACAAUCUUUCUAUGGUUUUCAUGCGACUGUGUGAUCUUCAUGUACUA